GUACAACUAUAGAAGUUUUUGAGUGUAUUUGUUGACAUGCCAAAUCUCUUCAAACUCCUAAUGAAGUAUAACCGCUGUCUUUAUAGCUGCAUUGAUAUGUCGGGACCAAGUUAGAUCCUCAGAGAUCUUGACGCCCAGGAACUUGAAACUGCUCACUCUCUGCACUUCUGAUCCCUCUGUGAGCAUUGGUAUGUGUUACUUUGUCUUAUCCUUGCUGAAGUACACAACCACCUCUUUCAUCUUACUGACGUUGAGUGCCAGGUUGUUGCUGCAGCACCAUUCCACUAGUUGCCAUAUCUCACUCCAGUACAACCUCUCGUCACCACCUGAGAUUCUACCAACAAUGGUUGUAUCAUCAGCAAAUUUAUAGAUGGUACUUGAGCUAUGCCUAGCCACACAGUCAUGUGUAUACAGAGAGUACAGCAGUGGGCUAAGCACACACCCCUGUGGUGUGCCAGUGUUGAUUGUCAGUGAGGAGGAGAUAUUAUCACCAAUCCGCACAAAUUGUGGUCAUCUGGUUAGGAAGUCAAGGAUUCAAUUGCAGAGAGAGGUACAGAGGCCCAGGUUCUGUAACUUCUCAAUCAAGAUUGUGGGAAUGAUGGUAUUAAAUGCUGAGAUAUAUGAACAGCAUCCUGACGUAGGUGUUUGUGUUGUCCAGGUGGUCUAAAGCUGUGUGAAGAGCCAUUGAGAUUGCAUCUGCCGUUGACCUAUUGUGGCGAUAGGCAAAUUGCCAUGGGUCCAGGUCUUUGCUGAGGCAGGAGUUCAGUCUAAUCAUGACCAACCUCUCAAAGCAUUUCAUCACUGUCGAUGUGAGUGCUACUGGGCAAUAGUCAUUAAGGCAGCUCACAUUAUUCCUCUUAGGCACUGGUAUAAUUGUUGCCUUUUUGAAGCAAGUGGGAACUUCUGCCCAUAGCAGUGAGAGGCUAAAAAUGUCCUUGAAUACUCCCGCUAGUUAGUUGUCACAGGUUUUCAGAGCCUUACCAGGUAUUCCAUCCGGACCUUCCACCUUGCGGAGGUCCACUCUCUUUAAAGACAGUCUAACAUCAGCCUCUGUGACAGAGAUCACAGGGUCAUCAGGGAUCUUCACAGCUGUAGGUGUGUUCUCCCUGUCAAAGCGGGCAUAGAAGGCGUUGAGUUCAUCUGGUAGUGAAGCAUCGCUCCCAUUCAUGCUAUUGGGUUUCACUUUGUUGGAAGUAAUGCCUUGCAGACCCCGCCAGAGUUGCCGUGCAUCCGAUGCUAUCUCCAACCUCAUUCAAAAUUGUCUCUUUGCCCUUGAAAUAUCCCUCCACAGAUCAUACCCGGUUUACUGGUACAGGCCUGGGUCGCCAGACUUGAAUGCCACAGAUCUAGCCUUCAGCAAACGACAUAUCUCCUGAUUCAUUCAUGGCUUUUGGUUUGGGGAUGUACCAGUACGUCUGUGGGCACGCACUCAUCCACACAGGUUUUAAUGAAAUUGGUAACAACCACAACAUACUCACAAGUACAGUCAGGUGAUCAGACUUCCCUAACUGAGGGUGUGGAAUAUAGCACGGUAGGCAUCCCUGAUGGUGGUGUGACAAUGGUACGGUGUUGUUUCCUUUGGUAUUGCAAGUGAUCUGUUAAUGGUAAUUGCUUAGUGAUUUUUUUCAGACUGGGCUGGCUAAAAUCUCCCAAAACUAUGGUGAAGACGUUAGGAUGCGCUGUUUCGUUUUUCAGGAUGACUUUUUUUUCCCCCAUAGAUGCUGUCUGGCCUGCUGAGUUCCUCCAGCAUUUUGUGUGCGUUACUCGGAAACAGUUGUCGAUGUAGCGUAGGAAAGUUGAGGAGCGAUAUCAGUAUAGGCUUGGAACACAGAAUAUUCCACGUUGCCAACAACGAGCGAGCAUAGGUGGAACCCACAUGAGUGUCCAUUGGGGAACCUUUUGUUUGAACGAAGUGGGGGGGGGGAGCGAAGGAGAAAUCAUUAAGAGUGAGGGCAAGUUCCUCCAGGCGGAGGAGAGGAACUUGGGUCUGGUGUCUGAAAGGAAACGGCGAGCUUUGAUGCCUUCCUGGUGGUGGUUGGGGGAGAAAAUGGACUGGACAUCCAUGGUGAAAAUAGUAAAGUUUUUUGGAGACGCUCCCUAAUAUAUUAGCUUUCAUUCCCGCCCUCUUUUGCAUUUAACUCUAUUAAACCCAUCAUUCUCUUCUCGGCAGUGAAAUUGGAUGUAAGUGUCUCUGUUUAAAUGCUUCCUACUGCCAGUUAAACUCAUUUUCAAGAACCCUCUUCAUGCUAAUAUUCUCCGGUUGAAAACUGCUUCGUUCUCUGAGUGAACUGGGUGUUGUUUCACUCGCUGCAUUCGGUAUUUCUUUAAUCUAUUCUUGCCCGGGUGUGAUGUGGCAUAUCAGAGUAACGUGACUCAAUUGGACUUAUAUGGUUCAAGGAAGUUUUAUAACAGCAGGAUCGAAGCUACCGUUGGAAUGAGUCUGUACAAAUGAGAAACAUGCAUGCAAAAUGCUGGAGCAAUUCAGGGCCAGGCAACAUUUAUGGAAGGAAAUGCAGUAAAUAGUCAACCAAGCCCGAAUAAGCCGGUGGGGGAGGGGAAUAGCUGGCUGAUCUAAUGUCAGUACUUGAACCUACUGCUCAGAGCUUUGUGAUGAACAAUACCAUCACACUGUACCAAAAUACUGGCAAAUACCUGACUGGUGGCCCCAGGCCUCUACUCAUCAUGCUUCCCUGGUUCCGAGCCAAGUCUCCUGCUGUGGAACGGUACCGACAACUGCACCAGCCAUACGGCUUUGAUAUCCUGGUCGUGGAAACCAACAUGCUGCAUUUCUUAUGGCCACGUUUCGGCUUGUCCUAUGCACAGCAAGUGGUAGACCUGCUCCAAGAGGAGUCCUUCGCCUCCAGUCCCAUCGUCAUUCAUGCGUUCUCCAUUGGAAUUUUCCUGUUUGCCAAUAUGAUUGUGCUUUCAAGAAAUAUUCCGUUGUACUCAAACUUCAAGGCCAGGAUUGUAGGCCAGAUCUUCGACAGCCUGGUAAUGGAAAAUACGGACAGAAUAGCAGAAGGUAUUUCCCAGCUUUUGGCUCCCCCCUUCUUUCAGCCUGUUCUGAAAAGGAUGACACUUUUCUGGCUCAUGAGAAGCUACAUCAACAGCUACCACCAAGCUGCAAUCAAGCUGUUUUGGGAUCAUCUGUACCCUGCACCCAUUUUGGUUUUCUCCAGCAGGAAUGACCCACUGUGUGACUCAGUGGAGUUGGAAGCUUUGUUGCAAAGUUUCCGGAAGAGGGGCAUUCCUGUAACCAGGAAAAGCUGGGAUAUAUCCCGUCAUGCUGGACACUUGCGGCAGCAUCCUCAGGAAUAUCAAAAAGUCCUGAAAAGUUUCCUUAAUUCACUUAGCCCCUUCUGUCUACCCUCCAAAUUGUGA